CAAAUAGGAAAUUUAAUUAUAAAACAAGGAUGGAACGAGAUCAAAUAGUAUCGCAUAUUGAAAAGAAGCUUAAUAAUUGGAUAACAAGCUUAAGGGACCUUGAAAAUCUUGCAAGUGAUUUGGAAUUGGACGCAAUAGAGCUGUCAAAUGAAUGUUCCUCGAGAAAAUCAUUGCUUGAAAUUUUACAACAAGAUUUUAAUUAUGAUAGAAAUGAUUUGAGGACAUUUACAAGCAUCCAAAGAGAUUGUUCAGCAGAAGCAUAUAUCAAACAAUUGGAAAAUACAAUGGAAGUUGUGAUGAAUAAAUACCGUAAACUAGCCCAAAAUCAACUACAAACAUCGAAUAAUGAACUAAAAGAGAAAUUGACUGAGCAAAUCGAUAAUUGUAACAAAUGCCGUGCCUUAAUUGAUCAGAAAUGUUCAAUAAUUAACACCCUAGUUAAAAUGAUGGAUGAAUUUCUUUUAGAAGGCAAUCAAGUUACAAAUAAAUUAUUAAUAGAGAAUAUGUCUUUAAAAACUGAAAACGUAACAUUGCGUAAAAUUGUAGCUGCUGCUGAGAAAUAUGGCAUUAAGGAAGAAAACAACAACAACAUUAACACCUCAUAAAUGCAUGCAUCUGUUUAAUUUUAAUCAUAAGCAUGCCAAGGUCAAUUUUAAUAUCUUUCAAAAUUGUAAAUUCAAUAAAGAUUGCAG